AUGUCUCAGCUCAUGGAUGACGAAACUGAUUGUUCUUCUGAGCUUACCACAGCUGCAAAAGACAAUGUCUUUCUCAAGUCAACGGUAACAGAUGAUAGAGGCCAAGAGUUCGGUCUUGGUAGUCUCCGGAGACACUAUGGCAACGGGAAGAGGAAGGGAGGGGCAGGGACCUCAACUGUCUGUGCUAUUUUGGAGAUGCAAGAGCAGUUGCAAGCUGCUCAACGCAAAAUUGAAGAGCAGGCAGCGGCUAUUGCUGCACGGCAAGUGGAAUCAGCUAAGCAACUUGACCGCAUCGGCAAUCUGGAGAUGGUCUUGAGCUAUCUGAAGUCAACAGAUCCAAAGUUCACCGACUAUGUGGCAAGCCUUUCUAACGCAUCUCCACAUGCAGCAACUCCAACAGAGGAGGCAACUCCAACUCCGACUGAGGAAGGUACUCGUUGA